AAUUGUUGUUUGGGACUUUUACACUGGCUUUGACUUUUUGUCUUCUUCUUCUUCUUCUUCUCUCUCUCUCUCUCUCUUUCUAAAAUGGGAACCCAAUUCUCUCUUUCAUUUGAUUGAACUUCUUGCACCGUUUUAACUUUCUUCAACUGGAAAAUAUCUCAUUAUUCCUCCACUUUCUCGGAAAAUUAAUUUCUGGGAACUGGAAAUAUGGCCUAACUACCUUGGUUCCACUUUCUGUGAAUACCUUGUGAUGAGGAAAUAGGAAAGUGAAGUCGGAGAUUGGUGUUUGUAGGUGUCGGCUCAAUGGGUAAGAGAAAAAGGAGAGGUUUUAUUGAGGAUGCUAUGGAAUUCUUCAACUAUGUAAUGGAGGAAAAGCCUUUUCUUCCAUAUUAUAUUCCUCUGGUUUUGUUAGCUUGGGCUAUUGAAAGAUGGGUUUUUAGUUUCUCCAAUUGGGUUCCACUUGUCGUUGCCGUUUGGGCAACUAUUCAGUAUGGGAGUUAUCAACGUGAAAUACUUGUUGAAGACUUGAAUAAGAAAUGGAAGAGAGUCAUAUUGAAUACCUCGCCCAUAACACCGGUGGAACCCUGUGAGUGGCUGAAUAGGAUGUUGGUGGAAAUAUGGCCUAACUACCUUGCUUCAAAACUUUCAAAAAGGUUCUCAUCCAUUGUUCAGAGACGUUUAAAGCACAUAAAAUCAAGGAUUAUAGAAAUGAUAGAAUUGCAGGAAUUUUCGCUAGGUUCAUGCCCACCUACUUUGGGUCUUCAAGGGACUCGUUGGUCAACAUCAGGUGAUCAGAGAAUUAUGCGUAUUGGUGUUGACUGGGAUGCAAAUGAUAUGAGUAUUCUGUUGCUUGCUAAGGUGGCCAAGCCAUUUAUUGGAACAGCACGAAUUGUUAUAAAUAGUCUUCAUAUUAAGGGUGAUAUUCUUUUGAUGCCAGUUCUGAAUGGAAGAGCAGUUCUGUACUCGUUUGUGUCAGUUCCAGAAGUACGAAUAGGAGUAGCCUUUGGUAGUGGAAGCCAAUCACUUCCUGCCACAGAGCUGCCUGGUGUUUCUUCUUGGCUGGUUAAAGUUUUCACUGACACCUUGGUUAAGACAAUGGUUGAACCUCGACGCCAUUGUUACUCCUUGCCAGCUGUGGAAUUGAGGAAAAAGGCUGUUGGUGGUAUAAUACACGUGACAGUCCUUUCAGCAAAUAAACUCUCUAAAAGCAGCUUGAGAGGAAGUCCAUCCAGAAGGCAACAAAAUCCUUCUUCUGAUAAAUCUUCAGAAGACUAUUCUGCUGACAACGAUCUGCUGACAUUUGUUGAGGUUGAACUUGGAGAGUUAACCAGGAGAACCAAUGAAGAAUCAGGGUCAAGUCCUAGAUGGGAUUCCACAUUUAAUAUGGUUUUGCAUGGAGAAUCAGGAACUCUUCGAUUUCAUCUUUAUGCUUGCAACCCGUCCAGUGUGAAGUAUGAUUAUCUGGCAAGUUGUGAAAUUAAGGUAAAGUAUGUUACAGAUGAUUCUACAACAUUUUGGGCAAUAGGACCCAACUCUGGUGUAAUUGCCAAGCAUGUUGAUUCCUGUGGAAAAGAAGUUGAGAUGGUUGUUCCGUUUGAGGGGGAUGAUGCAGGGGAGUUGACUGUGAAGCUUGUCUUAAAAGAAUGGCAAUUCUCUGAUGGUUCACAGAGCUUGAACAAUCUUCGAGUUCGGUCCCUUUAUGGAUCAUCAAAUUUUCUGUCAAAAACAGGAAGGAAAAUUAAUGUAACUGUUGUUGAAGGAAAGGAUCUUUAUGUGAAAGAUAGAACCAGAAAGCUUGAUCCAUAUGUUAAAUUGCAGUAUGGAAAGGUUCUUCAGAAAACAAGAACUGCCCAUGGUUCAGAUCCCAUCUGGAAUCAGAAGUUCGAAUUUGAUGAGAUAGGAGGGGAUGAAUGCCUAACGAUAAAAUGCUAUAAUCAAGAAAGCUUUUCUGAUGAUAACAUCGGUAGUGCACGUGUAAACUUGGAAGGCCUAGUCGAAGGGUCAGUCAGGGAUGUUUGGGUACCUCUUGAAAAAGUGAGUUCAGGAGAACUAAGGCUUCAAAUAGAAGCAGUCAGAGUUGAAGACCAUGAAGGAUCAAGGGGUUCAACAAAUGGCUCAGGAAACGGAUGGAUAGAACUUGUUCUCAUUGAAGCGAAGGACCUUGUUGCUGCCGAUCUCAGAGGCACAAGUGAUCCAUAUGUGAGAGUUCAUUAUGGGAACUUGAAGAAAAGAACAAAGGUUAUGUACAGAACUUUGAAUCCACAGUGGAACCAGACACUGGAAUUCCCUGAUGACGGCAGUCAGCUAAUUUUGUAUGUUAAAGACCAUAACGCUUUGUUACCCACGUCGAACAUAGGUGAUUGUGUUGUAGAAUAUCAAAGAUUGCCACCGAAUGAAAGGUCUGACAAGUGGAUACCUCUACAAGGGGUGAAAAGAGGGGAGAUCCACAUUCAAAUUACAAGAAAAGUUCCUGAUCUAAUGAGGAAAAGUUUGGAUUCCGAACCAUCCAUGACUAGAGCAUACCAGAUUUCUGGCCAGAUGAAACAUAUGAUGGCCAAGUUUCAAUCUUUGAUCGAGGAAGGCAAUCUCGAAGGACUCUCGACAACUUUGAGCGAGUUAGAUAACCUAGAGGAUGUGCAAGAAGAGUACAUGGUUCAGUUAGAAACAGAGCAAAUGCUGCUUCUGAACAAGAUAAAGGAGCUUGGUCAGGAAAUUCUCAACUCAUCUCCUUCCAUAAGCAGAAGACAAUCUGGAAAUUGAGCCAUUCCUCUGACCGACAUUUAGGGUUAUUUUUGCUCUCAAUACAAAUUUUUUAUACCAAAAAAUUAAAAAAAAAAAAAUGUCCCUUGAAUAGAUAAAUUAGGUACAUGGUUCUCCAAGUGGUACUAAAUUAAAUCCUUGAUAACCUUGAUGCUGCUUAAUUGUAUAUGGAUGCUUCAUCAAUUAUUUUUCUGCAGCAAAUGUAGUAAUUGAUGGCCUUUUAACUCCUUUAAUAACAUAUCCACCAACUUUUAAACCCA